UUGAGGAAAGCUGUGUCAUGUAUUCUAAAGAGUGGCUUUAUGCAGCAGCCGCCCCCACUCCCCUCUUAAGGGCGGAGCUUCAAGCUUCUGAAGUCACUUUUUCUCCCACAAACUUCACUUCAUCCUGCAGACUCUCCACCUCAGAACUUUUGAGGCGCGAGUAGCAAGGAGAGUAGAGGAGAUGCGUGGAGGAGGAUGGUGAUGGUGAUGAUGAGUGUGUUCAAGUUUACGUGUGCCAUCAUUACCAGGGGACUAUUCCUCUUCGUGUCGCUGGCGGCCGUGUGGAGGGUGACCUGGGUGAAGGGGGACAACAUCUUCUGGCUCCUCACGCUGCUCUUCUUGCCGCUGCUGCUGGAGAUGAUCGUCACGCUGAAGAGGAGGAAGGGCAAAGAUUACAAAUGGUUUUCUCCACCAAUCUUCCUCUUUCUAAUAAGCAUCAUUCCCUCCAUUUGGAUCCUGGAGCUUCACCACCAGCAGGACAAAGCCAGUGACCCUCAGUGCAAGAAGCUGGACUCGUGGGAGAACGUGAAGCGAGUGAUCACCCUAAAUGAGACCACCAACCUCACGUACCAGAACUACCUGGAGAAUAUCAACCAGGCGUUGUGCUCCAAUGACUGGAUCCUCGCUCUUCACCAGAUCCUACUUAUCCUCCUUAUCGUGGGAAAGUGGCUCCUCCCACUUGGUGGCGGGGUCACAAGGGACGAGCUCUCUCAGCUGCUCCUGAUCUUUGUUGGCACGGCGGCAGACAUCCUUGAAUUCACGAGUGAGACGCUGUCAGAUGUCAAAGAGAACAGUCCUCAACUGGUGUAUAUCAUCUUAGCUGUAUGGACCUGGAGCAUGUUACAGUUCCCUCUACAUCUGGCUGUGGUGAACUCCAAAUCGGACUCAGAGGAUGAGCAGGGGGGUGUGCAGGAGGUCUCCCUCCUGACUAAACACAGCACGGACAUGUGGGGUAUCGUGGAGGCCUUGUUUAUCCAGGACGGGCCCUUCCUUACGGUCAGGCUGACCGUCAUGACCUACUUCGAUGUCUUCCACCAGAUGCUGGUCUUCUUCGCUAUCAAGAACUUCCUGGUGGUUAUUUUGAAUGUGUACAGACUGGCUGUCAUAUGCCAGGACUUCAGACCUUCCAGGAGCGGCACCGGCCAGGGCAGCUCCAUCCCAUAGUCAAGGGAAAUCAGCCUCAGCACAGAGGGAAAUCCCAAAGUUCUUUUGGUUUCAGUGGAACGCUCUUGUCCUGUUUGUUUUCUUGUGUGUCUCAGUCAAUUAAUUGUGGAAAAAAAUGCAGGAGGAGGAAAUUGUUUGCAACCAUGUUCUUACCAAAUGGAAUCAAAAUGAGGCUCAUCUCACUGGUGUUCACAAUAUACGAUCUGUAAACACACACAAGCAAUCCUCAGUGGCCCGUAGAUCAACAUUCAUGGAGGACUGGACUGAGGUACUUGUGUGGCGUUAAAGCUAACAACCACACCAGCAGACAAACAAGAAAAGAGGAAGCAAAGCAGGAAAAAAGGGGGUGUGUCUGGGUCUGGAAGUUUAGGAGUUAGGGGGUUUCAGUUCAAAGUUUGUCAGCACAAAAUAGUCACAAAGCCUGGCGCCAAAAAGAAUUUCCAUCUGCAUUCUGUCUGGCAUCAUGUUUAGCAGCAGUCCGAGCAGGAAAGGAUGGGAAGAGAGCAAAGAAGUCAAAUUGUCUUCACAGUCUGUGAAGUGCUGACCGAAUGGGGCAUGGCGAGACCAAUUGAACUCAGACAGGAAGGUGAAACAGACUGUGAAAAUGCAGCUGUGAGCAAUUACAUUUGUUUGAUGGUGAAAUCAGGCCAUUCAUUCAUGUUUUUAGGAAUUUACUGUAAUGGAAAAUAACACUGCCAUUUAUACCUCCAAAUUUAAAUGGACUGCAUUGAAGUUGUGAUGUUUGACACCUCUGCAGGUUAUAUUCCUUCAAAACAGUGUUGACAAAGUAAACACAUUUAUUAAGAGUUUAUAGCACCAUUUUUGUUUAAAUGUGAGCCAUUUUCCUCAACUGCUGCAUUAUUGUGAUGUGUACACCUUGCUGUUGCCCCCUGCAGAGCGGAGUAAGUAAUGCACGAACAAGCACUACUCCAGUUGAAUGGUUUAACAUUAUUUGGGUGAUGUUUGGCAGGCCAAAUGAAAAGCUUUGGCGGGUCGGAUGAGGCCUGUGGGCCGCCUUUAAUGACCAAUGGUUUUCCAUGCCUGGAUCAGCAUCAUUCUGUUUAAACACAAUUGAAUUGUUUUAUGUCCUGGUGUAUGACUU